AUGGUGGUUCUCCUCCAACGAAAUAAAAGCAAUACCAAAGCCACAAUAGAGUAAAGAAAACCAACACACAAGAAAAGGCAAUGUGGCCAAACAUUAAUCAACAGAAGCAUUUCGUUCUAAUCCAUGGUGCUUGCCAUGGGGCUUGGUGUUGGUAUAAGCUUGAGAGGUUGCUAACUUUAGUAGGUCACAGGGUAACAUCACUUGACCUCGCAGCUUCUGGGAUUAACCCAAAGCAAGUGCAUGAGCUUCUCUCCUUUGCUGACUAUUAUGAGCCCUUAAUGGCGCUCAUGGCAUCUCUCCAAGAAGGUGAGAAGGUGAUUCUAGUUGGGCAUAGCCUCAAUGGAUUGAGCAUUUCUGUAGCCAUGGAAAGGUUCCCCGAGAAAAUAUCUAUAGCUGUUUUCGUCUCUGCUAUUAUGCCUUGUCCCACCAGCAGUCUUGUUGCCAUUGAGGAAAAGGAUGAUACAAAGCAGCCCAAGGCCAGUACAGAAUUACAAUAUGAGAGAAGGCAGGUCAAUGGUUGUACACAAGUCAUUCCAAAACCGGAGAAGUUAGCAAAACAGUAUCAGAAAAGCCCACCUGAGGAUCUGACUCUUGCAACCAAGUUAGUGAGGCCCAUGGGCUUCUUUGGGAAGAAGGAAAUUACAGUUUCAGAGGAGAAAUAUGGAUCAGUUAGCCGAGUGUUCAUAUUAUGUGAUGAAGAAGAUGAUAUUAAAGAGGGCCUGAAUCAGAUGAUUGCACGAUACCCACCUGAUGAGGUGAUAGAGAUCCCUGGUUCGGAUCAUAUGGUCAUGAUCUCUAAGCCCCAUGAACUUUGUUCCCAUCUCCAGGAAAUUGCUCAUAGAUAUUCUUGAUUUUUCUCUAUCAUUAAUUCAUGCCUAUCUAAGAGUAACAUCUACUUUUUUUCUUUUUUUUUUCUUGGGGAGAGAGUGUGGGGGGAGUAACAUUCAUUUACUAGGGAUACUUCCUUAUAUACGGAUACAUCAUGUACUCUAAUGAACAAGCAUGUACUAUGUUCAAAGAUAAGAAUUACAUUUUUUUUUUUCUAA